UGACGGCGAUGUGGCCCGGAAGUGCUUCAUUCACACUGCCAACAUUACACUCGGCUAGUUGACGAUCAGUGUCGGUCGAUGCUGCGGAAUAGGUGGCAAACUAGAUGGGUUUACCGCGACAAAAUAAUCUCGCCUAUUUAGGAAUCACGAUGUCAUUAAGCGCAGCCUGAGAUCAGAGAAGUAGACUAUGACAGACAUUCACGAAUCUGUUGAUUUAACGUUAUGUGUUUACGCGCAGACCGAUUGUUAUGAUUUUAGCUAAGCGUAACGUGACCCUGUGUGAUUAAAGUCGAUCUGUUCAGUGUACCAAAAGCUCCAGACCGACUCUGCAGCAGAUCAGUAGUGGAUGUUCGUGUUUAAUCGUGUGAUUUGUAAGGGUAGAUGCAUACAACUGACUAGCUAACCGGCUAAUACACCAAUCCAAGUAAGAAGUCUCUGCUGGGACCAUACAUCGGCCGAUUGUAACGUUGCAGGAUUUGUUGUUAAACUCUAAAGUGAUCCUCGAACUGAGACAGCGGUGUAUCUUGAGCUGAAAUGGAUGACUUCAGCUCCAUCAGUCUGCUGUCUCUGGCUAUGCUAGUCGGCUGCUAUGUGGCUGGAACUAUUCCCCUGGCUGUCAACUUCUCUGAGGAGAAGCUGAAGUUGGUGACAGUGUUGGGAGCCGGGCUGUUGUGUGGCACUGCACUGGCUGUCAUUAUUCCAGAGGGAGUUCAUGCACUCUAUGAGGAAAUGCUGGAAGGUGCGCACCACCAUGGCCACGGGCAGGUGGAGACAGAAGUUUCUGAAUCAAAGGUUGUAGAAGCAGUCGUGGGACAGAGCGGGGAACAUGGCCACAGUCACGAGCAGCUCCACGCUUAUAUCGGCGUCUCUCUUGUUCUGGGCUUCGUCUUCAUGCUCUUGGUGGAUCAGAUCGGCAGUUCUCACAUGCACAGCAGUGAUGAUCCAGAAGCUGCAAGGACUGCUAGCUCUAAGGUCACCACCACACUCGGAUUGGUCGUUCAUGCUGCAGCUGAUGGUGUUGCUCUAGGAGCCGCUGCAUCCACAUCUCAGACCAGCGUCCAGCUCAUCGUAUUUGUGGCCAUUAUGUUGCAUAAGGCUCCUGCUGCGUUUGGACUCGUCUCUUUCCUCAUGCAUGCAGGUUUAGAAAGAAACCGUAUCCGGAAACAUCUAUUGGUCUUUGCCUUGGCUGCUCCUGUUUUGGCCAUGCUAACUUACGUAGGACUCAGUCAGAGCAGUAAAGAGGCGCUAUCUGACGUCAAUGCCACUGGCGUGGCCAUGCUGUUUUCCGCCGGCACCUUCCUGUACGUUGCCACGGUGCACGUCCUCCCAGAAGUAGGUGGCAUGGGUGGCCACAGCCACUCGCCCGGAGGCAGCGCAGGGAAUGGACUGAGCAAAGUGGAGGUUGGAGCUCUGGUUCUUGGCUGUCUGAUACCUCUGGUGCUGUCCAUCGGCCACCAGCACUAGUGCUCUUCACUUGAAGAGCAUAGAAGAGGAUCUGAAAAGUGUAAAUGGGACUUUGAACAGCAUUGGUUGAACAACAGCCUCGCCGAUGUGGUUUGAAUCAUGCCUCUGUCAGUUUAUUCAAGUUGUCGGUUGGAGUGAAAGCAGGAACAUUGCAGUCAGGAGCAAGAUUUGAGAAGCGCUUCUGGACUUCUGGAGUGGGCUGCCCUGUCCCUUCAUAAAGCCCCGUGGGCUGACAGCUUACGAUGAUCAUACACAAAUAAACAUGAUCAUGUGUCCAACUCUUAAUUUUAUGUUUUCUUCAGUGGUGCUGGUUUAAAAGAUUCAGUUGUUGGUGGGUAGUCUUGAAUGCUUUAAAUUUGGUAUUCUUUUAGUUUUUUAUAUGAAGUAUGUCCAUGAAUCCUUUAAAAGAUGAAUCAACACAGUUGUGCCCAUUCACAAUAAUAAUAAAAAAGUUUAGAUACUUUACAAACAUUAAAUUCAUAGUCCUCGAGUAAUUAUUUUGAGUUUAUUGUCUCCCUUUUUCUACAGUAUUGAUUAGUUAUUUUAAACUUUGAUCAAAUUACACCUUGCCUAAGAUAGUCAGUUAAAACUAAAGUUUUCAUCAAGAACAUGUUUUCUUUGUUUUUAAUCCCAUGAUGUUAUACUUUUUUUUUUCUUUUUUUUUUUCUUUUUUUUAUGUCGUUUUAUUAACGAGAUAACAGUUUUACUCUAUAUUCCAUUAAUAAAUAUGCUUCUAAGUUAGUACUGGAACCGAUGUGCGGGGCUUUGUUUUCCCCUUCUCACAAACUUUGCUACUGAUAAAAUUAUUCUCUGCUUAUAAACUAUAGUAAUUUCUUCAAAAAUGUCAUCAUGUAUAUGGUUAUUGGACAAAUAUGACAUCUCUCUUGCAGUACAGUUUUAAAUAUUCAAAUCUUUUUAUUAUUAUUAUUAAAUCACACUUGAAGGUUUGUAGUCCAAAGGCUUGCAGGUGGACAUUGUUCUGUUGAGCUCAAUGCAUGUACAGCUUUAUUAUUUGACUUUAACCUUUUUUUUUCUUUUUCUUUUCUUUUUUUUUUUUUCAAACCUGACUGGUUGUUUAAUCCUGAAAAAAAAAAAAAGGAUCUCAUUGGUCAUUCAGAUGUUUUGUACUGUGAUGCCUGCUUCGAGCAGAGCAUGUGUACUGUAAAUAUGUAUUUUCUGUAUAAAUGACAAACCAAAAUACCCUAUUUAAAGAAAAUGUGAGGUCAGUUAGAAAGAUUAUAUGGUGGAUUCCUGGUUUUGGCACCUAAAGUUUUUAGAUUUGAAGGUGUGAUCUACGAACAGGAAUCCUGGUGUGUUCAUCACCAAGUUACAGAACUCAGUGGUUCCCAACCCUGAUCCUGGAGGCACCCCAACACUGCAUGUUUUGAAUGACUUCUUAAUCGAACACACCUGAUUCAGGUCAUCAGCUCAUUAGUAAAGACUCCAAGACCUGAAAUUGGUGUGUCAGAGAAAGGAGACAUGCAAAAUGUGCAGUGUUGGGGUGCCUCCAGGACCAGGGUUGGGAACCACUGACUUAACUGUUGCCUCCGAAGCCUAAGAAAAUGUUAUGAGACUUUUGGGGCCAACAUGGACACCAGCAAAAACCUAUGGUCCUGGUUUACAAAGUCUGCAGAUUUGGGGCCCUCCAGGAAUGUGGUUGGGAACCUCUGGUCUGUAUGAAAGCUGUGUUAGUGCUUUUAGCUCUAUAGCGCCCUCAUCUUACCGUAGUGUGCAAGUGCAGCAUCAACCUCAAUUUGUGAAAGAAACACGAAUGAGAGAGACUUAAUGCUGAUUUGUAGAUAAUUCUUUUAUGACUCCUUUAAAAGGGAAAACUGCAUUAGCCUCAAUUGAAUACUGCGACAUGACCUCCUCCUGGAGACUUGGGACAGAUAUAAAAUGGAACUAAAUGGUGAUCGGUUAGGUGAAUUGUUUUGCCAUAUUGACUUAUUUUGACUGAUUCUACUCACACUGCCCAAAGCUGUGAGGGAGGGUGGUGGUAUUAAGAUAGAGAUUUUACAAAUUGGUGGGAUAUGAUGAAUUUAAAGUUUUGGGCUUUUUUGUGAUCAUUCCACAAGAGGAGUAUGCCUUAUUUUUCAACUUAAAAUGGUCUCAAAAUUAUCUGUUCAUGAUUUGAAUAAACUUGUUUUCUUUUUUAAUGGAUGCAAAUCUUACUAUGUACCUUAUUUAGCCUUUUUAAUAGCAUUUGGAAUUGCAUUGAGACAUAUUUUCACAUUGUGAAUUAAUAAAGCAAAUAAAUGAGAAAUAAGCAAUCCUUUAAA